AUGGCGGGGAUUCGAAGCGUGCGUUGUUUCUCUUCAAAUUUUCAACUAAUACGAUCAUCGCUUGCAUUUCGUUCCCUCGAGAGAGUUUGCAAUGACAGGCGGUAUUGCAUUGGGCAUAAUCCCUCGAAUAGUGCAGGUAGCGUUACAAGCGAGGAAGAUGAAGGAACGGGUCUUGUUGCUGGUCAAAACAACAGAUUCCUAGAUGGAUCUUUGUAUAGUGGUGCUGGCUCCCAGGCGUUCAGUUCUGAUGCUGUCAAGGCACUCAUGGCUCCGGUGAAUGAACAGGAUGUGGAAAUCAAACCAGACGGUCUGAUAUACCUCCCAGAAAUUAAGUACCGAAGAAUCCUGAAUGUUGCAUUUGGUCCAGGUGGUUGGGCAUUGGUCCCUCGUGGAGACUCACUCCAAUUCCAGAGUGAGAAAGACAAUAGUCAGCUUAUUGUGCGAGAGUAUGCCCUGUUCUGCGAGGGACGGUUUGCGUCACAAGCAACUGGGGAACAUACUUUCUACUCCAAUAAUGGAAACAUGGUCUACGGCAAAGCAAUAGAGUCUGCAAAGUCUAAUGCACUGAUGAGGUGCUGUAAAGACCUUGGCGUGGCCAGUGAGCUAUGGGACCCCCAGUUCAUAAUUGCCUGGAAGAAUAAGUUUGCAGUCAGUCCGUGGUGUGAAAAUGUGAGAACAAAGGAAAAGAAAAAGUUGUGGAGAAAGAAGGACAGAAAACCAACAGAUGCGUUUAGUUACCCUUGGAAAGAGAUUGGUGAAAAGGAAUAAUUCAGUGCUGUUUAACAUCACAGCAUGGUUAUAAGAACGAAGUUCUUCCUGUUAAACCCCACAGUAGUGCUGGCUUGCAUCAUCUUAUCGGCAAGAUCCAAACUGCAAGUACUCUACUGCCAAUCGAAACUGUUGAAGUUGCAUAUUUUCAAAUAAGGUUGCACUCAAGAAUCAAUGUGCCCGCGGUGGUUCAUGGGUAGCGUGUAAACGGCUGAAUUCGUGUUUUAAUUUUUAUAAGAACAUAAGCAAGAAUUCUGCAACUUUUGAAACCUGAAUUUGUAAUUUUAUUUGUGCUUAUCUGCUUAUUAGGUUGAUACCCAUGAAGCCUUGCGGGUACGAUACACAGGUUCUCCGAGUGCAAAGUAAUUUAUUUCACUCAAUGGCUUCGAUCGUGGCGACAAAAUUAUGUGAAAAUCGUGAGACAAACUUAACGACGACUUACUAAUGGUAAGGACAGGAAAUGGGAUGUCAUUUGUAUAAAGUGUAACUCAUCGAGCUUUUUGUGUUGGUUGAUUGUCAAAUCUGUAUUGAUUGUUUAUCGAAUCUGUAUUGAUUGUUUAUCGAAUCUAUGUCGAUCCGUCGACACUGGAAGCUCUGUGGAUAGAGUAUGUGUUGAGUUGUGUUAAAAGAAUUGACCGAAAAAUUCAAUAGAUACGAAAAGGGUAUUGAAUGUGUUAUAGUAUUAAGAGAAAUUCGUCGAACAGGAUUAUGGGGCAAACCCUUCCCAUUAUACCUUGCGAUCUUUUUACACUCCUGAUAUAGACAAAGAGCUACGGAUAUUCGAGGGUCAACGUGGGUGUCCACGGAAAGUAUUUUUUAGUCAUCGCGCGAUAUCCCUGAUAUCAAUCUUUUCCAUAUCAAGUCCAGAUUACCCUUGCUCCGUUAUACUUGACUUGACCUGGCGCCUUGUCGAUGAAAUGAUAACAGGAGCUAUCCUAGAGGGAGAAAAUUGAUACGAGGGGAAACAAUAAAAAAAUGCCCCAAAAGACUGAUUGACUUCGAGCUAUUUACAAACGAGACACUGGAAAAUUGCUGCAAUUUUCGGCAUCUAAGAUGGUAUUUUAGCCAAAGUGAUGUGUUUUAUUUUUUACAUUUGUGCUCCACUAGGAAUCCUGCGUCGUUUUGUGAAAGCUUAAGAAAUGCUGUGUAGAAACUAAAUAUAUUGCAUCUGUUAAUUGCGCUUUAGUGACGAUAGAAUAUGCAUAUGUUGUAUUUGCAUGUCCAAAUACCUCCCUAAUCUCUUUCAAAAAUCCAGAAAAGGGCGUUAUGAACAGGCUCAAAAUAACGCAUGCCCCCUCCACUUGGAGAACCCAGGUCUUUAAUAUCGGUGGAUUUGGGGUUUUUGGGCCGCCGGUAUAAGCUAUAAGCCAAGACUACCAGUUCUCCAGGUUUUUUUAUUUAGUUGCAGAUGGAAUGUCAGAGUUGUCAGGCAGAGUUUUAGUUUCUUUGCCACAGUUUCCAUAAAAUUUAACAAAAAAAACAGGCUUUUAUCUUAGAAAAUUUUGGAUUAAAUUUUAACGAUUUCAAGAUUUUUACGGAUUAAAUUACUAGGAAUGAUAUUCAUCGGGUCGUUGAUAGAUAUCUUUCGAAAGAAUUUUUGCCCAUCGAAUUCUGGGGUUUUAUCAAGAUGUUGAAGGAAUACAAUCUUUAAUUUGGACGUUCGGAUUUUGAAAUAUGGAGAUGAAAAAGCUUCUCCCACCUACACGUGCACCUAAAAGCCGGCGCAAAUUUAUCUAAAGGCCUUUCGAGUGAAUGCAUUAAAAACGAUGGUAAUAGGGGACUUGCGCUAAGAGAUCACGAGAUCUUUCUGGGUGGCAAAUUCAAAACAAAAUAAUCAUAAACAAAAAAAUUCAGAAAUGAAUGCGCCCGUCACACCAGAGAACGACGAAAAAAUUAAAUCUUUAAAUGAAACUAAAGCUUUUCUGGAAAAAAGGAUGUCUUGCUUUUUGCGUAAACGCUGAAUAAGCUGCUUUAUGUUGCUGUUAUUUUCCUACUAAAAGCCUGAGCGCGCUCUAGUUUGCCACCCAAACAGUCACGUGAUCUCUUAGCGCAAGUCCCCAGAAGGCCUCGCGGACAAGAUGCGAGCGCGCGCUUUCUUUUCCCGGGUGCUUUUCGUCAGCUAUGUGAAGUUUGAUGCAUUGCAGUCUACUUUGCCUCCGCAUGGCGGCACUCUUCACCCUCUGAAUAAACGAGAUCAAAACCCCUUCAAAUAGUCUAUUUAAUUAGCGCUGCUCUUAUGAACGAACCUUGCCGAAAACCCAGAGGCGAAAUUACAUUUGUUACAUCCGGUGCUUCUCAUUGGUUUGCCUCGCACUUUAUCGCGAAGCACUUUAGGCGCAAAAAUCUCGCGGCCAUUAACAAUAUUCAACAUUCUAAACGCUGAUUAGCUGUCACAAAAUGCCAAGCAUGUCUCGCUAGUAACCACUUCAAUCACACAAAGGCGACUUCGCAUUUUUUAAGUGACAACAAGCCGUCAAAAGCACUCCCAUUGAGAGGAAAUACGGAGAAUAAUCGGAGCUUUUUACGGGUUUCGAUGAGAAAAAAGAGCGUUGGAAUCAUUGAGGAUGGAUCUUGAAUCAGGCUAUCAAAGCUCGGUGCGUAUAAGACCAUCUGGAGACAACACCAAGAAGUCUUACAAGGCUGUUUUAUUUGCAUUUAUUUUAAUCGUGGUCUACACUGCUGUCUUUGGCGUUGUGUUGAUUCGGGUGUUGAAUGUUAACAAGGAGAUACAAAUUGCAAAUGAACAAAACAAGAUAGAGCUUGGAAAGAGCACUGAAAGGCUGACUGCCCUUGAGCGAACAGUACGCGGACUUCGUGAACUCCUACUUAGAACGAAAGAGCGCACAAAGGCACAUAAUAAGCCAACUUCGAGAAACCAGAAUUUAAUAAAGCGAGAGUUAAGAGAGCUUAGGACUAGACAAGAGAACUUUGCAUCUAUGACACCAGAAAAGGGAGCAAUUUCGAAAUAAAAUGUGAGGAAAGAUACAACAAUAACAAAAAAAAAACAACAAAAAAACAAGGGAAAUAAAUUACUUGCAACAGGGCAUGCAUGGAAAGGCAGAGAAAAACUGUGAGGUUUUGAUCCGAUCAAAUAUUUAAGCCUACAUUCAAGAUUAUACCGUCAUUUGGUGAAUACAGGAAAAAGCAAAUAGACACUAACUGUCGGUCGAGUGUAAUUAUGGUGCCAAUGCACAAAAUCAAAUGCACCCGAACUCGAGUCAGAGAUAAGGAAACAUUUCUGAUGAUACCGAUAACAGUGUCAUUAUGUUAUGGCCGCAAAGAAAGGAAAAUAUGGCAGAAGAAUUUGGUUUGUUUUUGUUAUGGUUUGACGGUAUUUAUACGGUUACCUGUUAAUGUGAUCAAAGAUUGGUGUUUACUUUCUAUCUAAGUGGUGAAUGGGCUUUUUUAAUAUUAUGUAGUAAAAAAGGUCAGGAAAUAUUAGUUCCGUAAUUCGCAAUCAGGGGGAUGAAUAAUUUUAACAAGAAAAAAAAAAUUGGCCUCCCUUCAAUAGAAAUUAAUUAAUAUUUGUGGUUAGAAAAUAAACGAGAAUACAAGAGUAGAAAAAUU